AUGGCUUCUAGCAUCGUUAAUGCGCCUCAGCCUAAGGCGGAUGUCAACCGGUACUUGAGCAACUCGGUGCACGAUCUUCUGUCUCUCAAAGGGCGAACCGUUGUAAUCACAGGCGGCGCUCGCGGACUCGGGCUAGCGUUUGCGUUAGCAGUCGCCGAAGUAGGAGGUAACAUCGCCAUUCUUGAUGCAGCCCAAGAGCCCCAUGAUCACUUUUAUCGAAUCGAGCAAGAGCACGAAGUCAAGAUCAAGUACUACAGUGUCACUGCCGCUGGCAUUUGUCCCGACGAGCCGUUCUUGCAAAGAAGCCCCGAGUCCGUGGCCAAAUGCAUGAACAUCAAUGUCCUCGGCACUUACUAUGCCGCGCAGCUAGCAGCUGCACAGAUGGCUAGCCAAGAGCCAACUGAUUUCAACCCCCGCGGAGGCUCCAUCGUCAUGAUAGCAUCAAUUGCUGCGUACGUCGCUAGCAAAGGCCAGACAACCAGUGACUACUGCUGCAGUAAGGGUGCAGUGGUUGCCUUGGCCAAAGCUCUCGGUGUCGAGCUUGCUGCGAGCGGCAUCCGUGUCAACAGCAUCUCUCCAGGAUACAUGGCGACUGACAUGACGCUGGACUUGUGUAAUCGUUAUCCCCAUCUUGGAGAAAUCAUGAACACAGAGCCACCCAUGCGGCGAAUGGGUGAUCGCACUGAUCUAAAGGUUCCUGUGGUGUACCUGCUGUCAAACGCGAGCGCCUAUCACACCUCAGAUGAUAUUUUGAUAACCGGAGGCAUCCAUGCUGGCAGGCUGAUGUAG